GCCAGACGCAGGGCGGGCGCAGCGGCGGGGGCGCGCGCGGCGCGGGGCCAGCCUCGCUUCUCCCGGGUCGCGGACGGACGCGCGCCGCAGUCGGAGCCUGAGACGCGCGGGCGGAGGGGACCAGCGCAGGGGCCGCCGGGCCGGGGCUGACACGCACACCCCCGCGCGCACACCCUCGCGCACACACACACGCACACGCACACGCACACUCCGGCGUCGUCCAGCACCAGCGACCUCGGCGCUCCCCGGCUCGCGGACCACCGGCUCCGGGGCUGAGCGGUGGGCGCGGCGCGAGAACGAAUUGCUAUUCUUCCUCGGCACCCACUACCUCUGUUUACUGAAGACUGACUAAAAUUGCUCUCAGCUGUUGGCAUCAUCCCCAGGAAAGGACUGUUUCAAAACAUUAGGAAACAAUUGAGGGGACUCUUGGCCCAGCAGAUGUUCUGAAGAGCAAAGCUAAGGAGACUUUCCAGUUUAAAGAAUUAAAAGGAAGAACAACUUUGGAUAAGAAGGUCUUCAAAGCUCCCUGCAUGAAAAUUAUUUAAACGUUGCACACAAAGCUUUUGUGAAAGAAGAAAAGAAAUUCGGUUGGUGAGUCUCAGCAGGAAUUAAGCUAAUGCAGCUUAAAAUAAUGCCGAAAAGGAAGUGCUUAUCUGCAGGCAGAGUGCCCCUGAUUCUCUUUCUGUGCCAGAUGAUUAGUGCACUGGAAGUACCUCUUGAUCCAAAACUUCUUGAAGACUUGGUACAGCCUCCAACCAUCACUCAACAGUCACCAAAAGAUUACAUUAUUGACCCUCGGGAGAAUAUUGUAAUCCAGUGUGAGGCCAAAGGAAAACCUCCUCCCAGCUUCUCCUGGACCCGAAAUGGGACUCAUUUUGACAUAGACAAAGACCCUCUCGUCACCAUGCAGCCAGGGUCGGGAACCCUCAUAAUCAACAUCAUGAGCGAAGGGAAGGCGGAGAGCUAUGAAGGCGUCUAUCAGUGCACAGCCAGGAAUGAACGUGGGGCUGCAAUUUCUAACAACAUUAUCAUCCGACCAUCCAGGUCACCAUUGUGGACCAAAGAGAAACUUGAACCAAUAGUACUUCGAAAUGGCCACUCUUUAGUACUUCCCUGCAGACCUCCACUUGGAUUACCACCACCUAUAAUAUUCUGGAUGGACAAUUCCUUUCAAAGACUUCCACAGAGUGAGAGGGUUUCCCAAGGUCUGAAUGGAGACCUUUAUUUUUCCAAUGUUCUCCCAGAGGAUACCCGAGAAGAUUAUAUCUGCUAUGCCAGAUUUAACCACACCCAAACCAUACAGCAAAAACAACCUAUUUCCGUGAAGGUGAUUUCAGUGGAUGAAUUGAAUGACACUAUAGCUGCUAAUUUGAGUGACACUGAGUUUUAUGGUGCUAAAUCAAACAAGGAGAGGCCACCCACAUUUUUAACUCCAGAAGGCAACACCAGUAGCAAAGAGGAGCUCAGAGGAAAUAUCCUAUCACUGGAGUGCAUUGCAGAAGGGCUACCUACCCCAGAGAUUUACUGGAUAAAAGAAGAUGGAACACUACCCAUCAACCGAACAUUUUAUCGGAACUUUAAGAAAACUCUGCAGAUCACUCAUGUUUCUGAAGCCGACGCUGGAAAUUACCAGUGUAUAGCCAAGAAUUUAUUGGGAGUCAUCCAUCAUACUAUUUCUGUCACCGUUAAAGCGGCUCCGUACUGGAUCAUGGCACCUCAGAACCUUGUGCUUUCCCCAGGAGAAAAUGGGGCCCUAAUCUGCAGAGCUAAUGGCAACCCCAAACCGAGAAUCAGCUGGUUAUCAAAUGGAGUCCCAGUAGAAAUUGCCCCAGAUGAUUCCAGCAGAAAAAUAGAAGGUGAUACCAUUAUUUUUUCAAAUGUUCAAGAAAGUUCAAGUGCAGUAUAUCAGUGUAAUGCCUCUAAUGAAUAUGGAUAUUUACUGGCAAAUGCAUUUGUGAAUGUGCUAGCUGAGCCACCACGAAUCCUUACAUCUGCAAACACUCUCUACCAGGUCAUUGCAAACAGGCCUGCUUUACUGGAUUGUGCCUUCUUUGGGUCUCCACUGCCCACAAUUGAGUGGUUUAAAGGAACUAAAGGUAGUGCCCUUCAUGAAGAUAUGUAUAUUUUACAUGCAAAUGGAACCUUGGAAAUUCCUGUGGCCCAAAAGGACAGCACAGGAACAUAUACAUGUGUUGCACGGAAUAAAUUAGGAAUGGCCAAGAACGAAGUUCACUUAGAAAUCAAAGAUCCAACAAGAAUCAUUAAACAGCCUGAGUAUGCAGUUGUGCAAAGGGGGAGCAUGGUGUCCUUUGAAUGCAAAGUGAAACAUGACCACACCUUAAUCCCCACAGUCACGUGGCUGAAGGACAGCAGUGAGCUGCCCAAUGAUGGAAGGUUCACAGUUGACAAGGACCUUUUGGUGAUUGCUGAUGUAAGUGAUGAUGAUAGUGGGACCUACAUGUGUGUGGCCAACACAUCACUGGACAUGGUCUCUGCCAGUGCUGUGCUUAGUGUUGUCGCUCCUACUCCAACUCCAGCUCCCAUUUACGAUGUCCCAAAUCCUCCGUUUGAUUUAGAAUUGACAGAUCAACUGGACAAAAGUGUUCAGCUAUCAUGGACCCCAGGCGAUGACAACAAUAGCCCGAUUACAAAAUUUAUCAUUGAAUAUGAAGAUGCAAUGCAUGAGGCAGGAGUGUGGCAUCACCAAACUGAAGUUUCUGGAGAACAAACUACAGCCCAGCUGAAGCUGUCGCCAUACGUGAACUACUCCUUCAGAGUGAUGGCCGUGAACAGCCUGGGAAGCAGCUUGCCCAGUGAGGCUUCUGAACAAUAUCUGACUAAACCUGCAGAACCAGACAAAAACCCCACGUCUGUGGAAGGACUAGGAUCAGAGCCCGACAAUUUGGUGAUUACAUGGAAGCCCUUGAAUGGUUUUGAAUCUAAUGGUCCAGGUCUUCAAUACAAAGUUAGCUGGCGCCAGAAAGAUGGUGAUGAUGAAUGGACAUCCAUGGUGGUGGCAAAUGUGUCCAAAUACAUUGUCUCAGGCACACCAACCUUUGUUCCAUACCUGAUCAAAGUCCAGGCUCUGAAUGAUGCCGGGUUUGGUCCAGAGCCAGUUGUAGUCAUGGGACAUUCUGGAGAAGACCUUCCAAUGGUGGCUCCUGGGAAUGUGCAUGUGAACGUAGUGAACAGUACCUUAGCUGAGGUGCACUGGGAUCCAGUACCUCUGAAAAGUAUUCGAGGACAUCUGCAAGGCUAUCGGAUUUACUACUGGAAGGACCAGAGUCUCUCUAAAAGAAACAGACGCCACAUUGAGAAGAAGAUCCUCACUUUCCAGGGCAGCAAGACCCACGGCAUGUUGCCCGGUCUGGAGCCCUUCAGCAACUACACUCUGAAUGUCCGAGUGGUCAAUGGGAAAGGGGAAGGCCCAGCUAGCGCCGACAGAGUCUUUAACACCCCAGAAGGAGUUCCUAGUGCACCAUCAUCUUUAAAGAUCGUUAAUCCAACAUUGGACUCUCUCACUUUGGAAUGGGAUCCACCAAGCCACCCAAAUGGCAUUUUAACUGAGUACACCUUAAAAUUUCAGCCAAUUAACAACACACAUGAAUUAGGCCCUCUGGUAGAUUUAAAAAUUCCUGCCAACAGGACACGCUGGACUUUAAAAAAUUUAAAUUUCAGCACUCGAUAUAAGUUUUACUUCUAUGCACAGACAUCAGCAGGAUCAGGAAGUCAGAUAACAGAGGAAGCAGUAACAACUGUGGAUGAAGGUAAGAUGGCUGGUAUUCUUCCACCUGAUGUAGGUGCAGGCAAAGCAGUAAAUCCCAAGAUCAGCAAUCUUACUACUGCAGCUGCUGAGACCCAUGCCAAUAUCAGUUGGGACUAUGAGGGACCAGAUCAUGUGAACUUUUAUAUUGAAUAUGGUGUAGUUGGCAGCAAAGAAGAAUGGAGGAAAGAAAUUGUAAAUGGUUCUCGGAGCUUCUUUGGGUUAAAGGGUCUAAUGCCAGGAACAGCAUACAAAGUUCGAGUUGGUGCUGAGGGGGCCUCUGGUAUUGUGAGUUCAGAGGAUGUGUUUGAGACAGGCCCAGCAAUGGCAAGUCGUCAAGUGGAUAUUGCAACUCAGGGCUGGUUCAUCGGUCUCAUGUGUGCCGUUGCUCUCCUUAUCUUAAUUUUGCUGAUAGUUUGCUUCAUCAGAAGAAACAAGGGUGGUAAAUAUCCAGUUAAAGAAAAGGAAGAUGCUCAUGCGGAUCCUGAAAUCCAGCCCAUGAAGGAAGAUGAUGGCACUUUUGGAGAAUACAGUGAUGCAGAAGACCACAAGCCUUUGAAAAAGGGUAGUCGCACACCUUCAGACAGAACUGUGAAAAAAGAAGACAGCGAUGAUAGCCUGGUUGACUAUGGAGAAGGGGUGAAUGGCCAGUUCAAUGAAGAUGGCUCCUUUAUUGGACAAUACAGUGGGAAGAAGGAGAAAGAACCAGCCGAAGGAAAUGAAAGCUCAGAGGCACCUUCUCCGGUCAACGCCAUGAAUUCCUUUGUUUAAUUUGUAAGCUCUUUGCCAAUAUCCCGUUUCUCUGAAAUGUUUAUCUGAAGCACUUGUUUGUCACCCUUCUCACACUAUGAACAUAGUUGCAGAAAGGCUCUUUUCUGCUCUAUGUUAAUAUUGUGAGAACAAUCAGAGCAAGAAGAUAGCUCAGUUAAAUGAUACAUUGAUGUGAACUGCUGUGCAAAGUGGAUACUUUUUCAUUCAAAAUAGGUAUUCCUGAUUUCCUCCGAACUGAUAGAAAUGGUACAUCAGCAACAGAUCAUGGUAUUUCCUCUUAAGGAUACAGUCCAAUAUGAUGCAUGAAAAUGCUACACAGUUAAAGGACAUACCAGUGUAUGUUAUUCAAAUAUGGUUGGUACUUUGUUUAUACUAUCCUCAGCUGAACCCCUAAAUAUGAAUUCCGUUUUCAUUGUCAAGAGUGUCACUGUAGUGUUCUCUAGAACUUCAAUGUCUUUGUGGACAUUGUUGUGAAUUGGUGACUCUAUGUCUAGCUGUCGUUAGUCUUUUUGGGGAGACUGUUAGGAACGUAUGUAUAUUAUAUACUUGCUAAAAAGUUAAUUAUGACAGUUCCGUUUCCUGAUGCUGACUGAGACUCUGUUACCUGCUCCUUGCUCCUGUUACUCUGCAGACAUCUCAAUCUCCCAGGUAUUACACAAUCACAGUGUUCUUUUACAUCAUUUUUCUGUUCAGUUGUUUUUAGGCAGAAACAAUAUGUAUUGCAGUGCAUUUGGCAUUUAUGUCAUACUGAAAGAAUUGAAAUCACGCAAAUUAAAAUAAAACUUUUCCAGAAAGCACAGGGAAAGACAUAAGCAGUGCCUUCAGACAAUAAGCAUUCUAAAAUGUAAUGCCAUCUGUAUCAUUUAGUACAGCUGACUGGGAGCCCUAGAUCACUGUUGAUGUUUAAAAGUAACUUUUAAAAAAGCAAAGAUUAUGAAAACUGCAAUGCUGGACAAAAAAUAAGGAAAUGUGAACAUUAAAUGACUAAGACAGCUUUUAAGGAGCAAUUUUCCCCCACUGUAUAUAAAGAAAAGCUUUAUCACCAACUGGAGUACAUGAUGAUUUUGUGGUCUUUUAUGAUUUCUCCUAAAAAAAAGAAAGAUAUCAAUGUAAUAGAAAAUUUUACAAAAUGCAAAUUGUUCUAAAACUGAAAAUAUAUAAAAAGCAUGCCAGCAUAAAUAGAUUAUCCUCUAAGUCUUUCACUAUGUGGCAGCUUCUGGAACUCUGUACAACAUUAGAGUGUAUACUCAAAUGGGUGCAGAUGCGUUUCAGAAUUUAAAAAAUAUGACAAGUGCUAACAAGGCCAAUAGUCAAAGGGAUUGCAUCUACAGUUUCAAAAAUAAACAUAUAUAACCUAUCAUAUCCAUCAAUAAUAACAAAUGGUUUACCUCCAAAUACAAAAUUCUAUGACAACCUAUGGUUGAAAGAAUGUUCAGUUUCAUUUGCCAAUAAAUUGGUUUUUCAUAACUUGCAUCAAGUUUAAUUUUAAGUAAAUUCUUUUAUAUGUAGAUAUUUUGUUGAAUUUGUAAAUACACUUAAAGUGUAGAUGCUAUAUGCUUUUAGGUGUGACAUACAAAUAUACAUGCAAACAAUAUUAUGUUGUGCCGUAUAAGAAGUAAACUAAUAAAUGCGGUGCAUGGUAUUAGAAAAAACAUCUGCUUAACUACCUUUUGGGUGACUUCCCCUUUUGUCGUGAAACUGAAAUAAUGAGCUGUUCUCCAUAUUGACAGCAGUUUUCUAGGUGACAUCUUCAGAACUUUGCCUAUGUGGCUCCCUCAGCCUUGUCAACUGGCAUUUUUGAUAAUGUAGGUAAAGCACAGUUUAAGGAAAUUCCAGGUAACAGUGACCCAGAAUACUUUCAUGUAUCCAUAUUUGCUUUUCACAGAUCAUUCUUUCUAUGGAAUUACAAAAUAGGCUUGCUUUGGUACCAGAGAGCACAAGGAUAAAAGUGACUUUAAAUUUGCCAAUGUUUUGGGGGAACAAUAAAAGUACAGUUUUACUCUUCCAUAACAGUAGGUGUUAAGUUUAUCUGUGCAUGAAGGGGUCACUUCUGUCAUAGUGCAAAUGAUUUUUGUAUUAAGAAUUGAAUGUGGUUUUAAAAGUCCCUCUUUUGUAAUUGAUCAUGUUCCUAGUGGAGUGUGAUUGUCCAAGUAAUGGAUAUGUAACCGUACAGGCAGAUGUGACUGGACUUCCAUCAAAAAGUAACUAUUAAACACUUUUGACCUCUU